CUGACGCUCUCUUCCGGUCUGUUGGCAGUGGCAGAAGCAAAGAUGAAGCUGCUGGUGCUGUCCAUGCUGGUCCUCUUUGCCAGCGUCCACUGCGAGGAAGGGGCCCGGCUGCUGGCCUCCAAGGCUCUGCUGAACAGAUAUGCCGUGGAAGGCAGGGACCUCACUUUGCAGUACAGCAUCUACAACGUGGGUUCCAGUGCAGCCUUAGAAGUGGAGCUGUCAGAUGAUUCAUUUCCUCCAGAAGAUUUUGGAAUUGUUUCUGGGAUGCUCAAUGUCAAAUGGGACAGGAUUGCACCCGCUAGCAACGUCUCCCACACGGUGGUGCUGAGACCCCUGAAAGCCGGCUACUUCAACUUCACAUCAGCCACCAUCACAUACCUGGCGCAGGAAGGGGGACAGGUGGUGGUUGGCUUCACCAGCGCUCCAGGGCAGGGGGGGAUCCUGGCCCAGCGAGAAUUCGACAGAAGGUUUUCACCGCACUUUCUGGACUGGGCGGCCUUUGGGGUCAUGACUCUCCCCUCCAUCGGCAUCCCCCUCCUGCUGUGGUACUCAAGCAAAAGGAAGUAUGACACUCCGAAGACCAAGAAGAACUGAGCUGUGCCAGGCAACCAUUGAGGUUGCAUUUGGGAGUGAAGGCGGAGCAAAGGGUG